UAGCGGUAUAUUUCUGUGUUCAGUUUAUUAUUAUGACUAUUGUUAUUUAUUUAUUUAUUUUUUAAGGGAGCCAAUCAUGCUUGACAGGAUUUUUUUCUUCUUCACCAGAUCUAAAUUUGUAGAACGUACAUAAUCGUUCUUCUUGUCAUCCUCAUGCUGCCGUUGCACUUCUGUUGCCUUCGAGCUCUAUGGAGCCAUUGGGUAAAGAAAAAAACAACAACCCAAAAAGAAAUACAAAAACAACGACCAAAAAAAAAAAAAAAAAAAAAAAAAUUUAUAAAAAAAAAAAAAAAUCUAUGAGCAUUGGACUCAUAAUAAUAUUAUUUAAAAAUAACCCAGAGCAUGAAGAAAGUAGAAAUGCAAUCCAAACAAUAACAUUAAUAUAUAUAUAUAUUUUUUUAAAGGUUAUUCUCUCAUCUUGAUGAUAGACUGCUACGCCAUUCUCAAUCAGUUUAGAACGGUUUGGAGUUAAAACGACAAACACAAAUGCUUUCCACCGGAGUGUGUGUCGAAAAGAGAUUUUCUUGAUGCUAACUCAGAUCAUUCAUCGGUCCUGCACUGACAUACACCGACAUACACUUACAUAUAAGGGACUCAAUUUGAUGACAAUUUUCACGUGUUUUAGAAUAUAAUCUAUUGUUCCUAUGAGUUUUGUUUCAUUCAUUUGAAAAAAAAAACAGCAUUUCAACUUUUUUAUUUAAAUAAAAAAAUCAGCUUUAUGUUUUGAGGCUGUUCAGUUUUAUUUACUUGCGUGUCAUCUCUCCACCAGAUCUGAAUUGUACAAUGUGCAAGCUGAUUGCUCUCGCCUUCCUCGUGGGGGCUGUGGUGACGUCAGAGGACCUGGCCGCCGCAAAAGCACACGUGACCUGCAUCGCAUCUACCCAGAUGUCCUCGGCGGCUUGCAAGAGUGCCGUCCUGUCCGCCGUCCCCAAGAUCAACAGCGUUGAGCAAGGCUGCAAGGCUUUGGAAGCGAGUGAGGACCUAUUCGCUGACUUUGAAUGCAGCACCGACGACUACGACCUCCUACACAAGGUCGUCUGCGAAGGAAAAGUUAUCCCGUGUUCACACAAUCAAGCACAGACCUUAAUGGUUGAAAUGAAAAUAACUUACCUUUUUUUUUCUUUCUUUUUUUCUUUUUUUUUUUGGUUGAAGUUUUAAUUAACUGUACUGUAAAUUCCAAACGAUAACAAUUAAACUUUUAAUUAAAAAAAUA